AUGCCAAUCUGCCUGGUGUCCGGCUGCCUGGCUAUCUGCCUCCCGGCAGCUCCCUCUCCCGACGUCCGCACCGCCCACGUGGCCUCGCUGUGGGGCGGCAUGGGCGAGUGCCUGCAGCUGUCGGCCCCGUCCACCAAGCCCGUCCUCCUCAAGACCAUCGCCAUGCCCGAUGUCGCUACCGCCAACCUCGGCGACGCCCGCAAGCGGGCAUCGUACCUUGUUGAGGCCGCCUUCUACGCAUCGGGCCUUGCUGCCGCCCUCGCUGCCGCAGCCCCGGACUGCCUCGCCUGCGCCGACGUCGUGGGCGUGUGGACCAUCGCCGCCGGUGCCGAUGCCGCGGAUGCAGAGCUGGUGAGCCACGCCGGCGAGCUGCCCACCCGCGGACGGAGCAAGCUCGAUACCCUAGUCAUUGCCAUGGCCUACCUCCCGCUCCCGCCGGUUCCGUCGGACAUCGACGUCGUCAUGGCCGCCCGCAUCCUCGACGCCCUCGCCGUCUUCCACGCCGCCCACUGGGGCGAUGCCGCCGAAGACGCCGUCGCCGUCAUCGGCCUCGCCGAGCAGGGCUCGUACUGGUACCUCGACACCCGGCCCGACGAGUGGCGCGCCAUGGGCUCCCGCGGCCUGCCUGGCCGCCUCAAGGCCGCCGCCGCCGCCAUCGACGCCCGGCUCAAGGCAGAUCCAGGCCAGUGCAUCAUCCACGGCGACGUCAAGCCGGCCAACCUGAUGGCUGCCGCCCAUGCCGGGCCCGUCGCCUUUGUCGACAUGCAGUACGUCGGCCGCGGCGUGCCCUCGCGUGACGUGGCCAAGCUCUUUAUGGCCGGCGGACUCGAUCUGGAGCCGGCAGCCGAGGACUCGCUCCUGAGAGGCUACCACGCCGCCCUCGUUGCCCGCCUGGCCCCUUCCGCCGCCGCCACCUUUACCUACGAUGCCUUUGAUGUCCAGCUCUCUCUCGCCGCCGCCGACCUCGCCCGCUUUCUCUGUGGAUGGGGCUGGUGGGGCGACGACGCGUUUCUCAAGGCGCGUGCCAGGAUCGUCCUCGACGCCCUCGACGGCGGCAAGCUCCUCCCCGGCGGCGGCGCGGCGUAUGACGAGGCUAUGACGGUAGCCUUCCCUGUAUGAAGAUAAGAGGGUGAAUGAAAGCUAGGAGGAG